AUGGACGUGGCCGCCUACGAGAUGAUGAGGGCGGGGAAUCACGACGUGGCCGCUCAGUUGGUGCAAAACCUCAAGGCGAAAAUGCAGAGUGUGAUCCAGGGAGGCGAUUGGUCCUCGGCAUGGCUGUUAACAGGAUUGCCAGAUUUCCUUGCGAAGCGCGAAUUCGCAGGGACGAAAGAAGAGAUGAGCGCUGUGUCCGGCUGCGUGGACGCCUUAGCCAAUCUUCGAAACAAGGUCCGGGAAGCCCACGCCAACAACAAUGCCGAGGAUGAGGAGGAGCCGUCCUCGUCUACCAGGAAGUACUUUGCCGGCAAGGACGGUGAUGAUGUGCCCCUUUUUCCCAGCGUUUUGCCAUUCCCUGAGAUCGCCUUUGUCGAGGCCGUUGUGGGUGAUAGUCAGGCACAACUUUGGUGGGCUCAGGCGUUCGUAAACACGCUUGUCGCUUGGUCUAACUUUGUGGUGCUUGGCUGCCCUGACUUGGGGGACACGGUGAUGGAGCCGCGAGUGGUACCUGCCCCUUCUGGCGCCUUGGCCGUCAGUGCCUCUCGGGUGGCCGUGCCGGAUGAAGCUGGCUUGGUCGAUCCACUGGACUGGCUGCCUCUUGAAAAGGCGGCGGUGGUGGAACGCUUGGAGAACCUUCGUCUUCCGGAGCAUGCGUGGGAUGAGGUGGUCGUAGCCUGCCACCGCGUACCGAAGGAGCAUGAAGCCGAUCUAUGCCGUAAACUGCUGAGCACAGGGAUGGCCACUCUGGUGCCCGAACAUGAGUUGCCCCGAACUUCGGAAGGUGACGACCUGAAGAAUUUCUACUACAUGCUCAAGCUUCCUGCAGGCUGGGUCUGCUAUAACGCUGUGGGCCGCAAGGUUGAUGCAGCUGUAGUUAAGAAAAUUGGUAUCUACCUGGACGAUCUGUUGAUCACGUUGAAGGUCAGUUUGCCCAAUCCUGUCCUCCUGGACGGCGUCUUUGCUCCCCCUGCUCCACAGGCAUGGGGUGCGGAGAUUGAUGGCGUGACGGGGCUGGACUCCAAGACCAUCCUCGAGAAGCUUGCUGGUUUCAUUGCUUUCGUGUUUCAAUUCAGGCUCUCUACGUCCUUGCUGGCGACUGACGCCACACCGAGUUCUGGAGGAGCUGUGCGUGCCGAGGUCCCAGUCCCUCUAAUUCAUGAGCUGUGGCGCCGAUUAGAAAUCAAAGGAGCAGCUGUCAGGCUGGAUGCCGGCCCAGGGCCAGUCUUGGAUGCUCCCGCUUUGGAGACUUCGAGGUUCGCUGCCAGUGAUGCGCCUUGUUUGCCGUGGAGAGUAACAGGAAACUUCCCUUUCAGGAGAACCUUCCGCUUCCACAUCAACUUGCAGGACGCCAGGGCCCUCAAGCGAGAGAUCUUUUCCACGUGCAGUGACUCCCGCAACCUCGGAAGCAUUCAGGUCGUACUCAACGAUUUGAUGGUUGUCGUGGGAGACUUUUCCAAAGGUAGAUCCAGCAGUUUCCGCUUGAAUGGAAUUUUGAGGUCCAUGUUGCCCUUUCUCACUUACGGUGAUGUUGCCCUGGCCUUGGAUUGGAUUGAGACUGGGGCAAACCUCGCCGAUUGGCCUUCAAGGUUCAAGCCUUUGCCGCCGCGUCCUUGGAUGACACGAUUUGGCUUGGAGAGGGAGAUUGGGUGGAGAAUGAUCCCGCCGUUUGACCUAUUGUGGGGUUUGGACGCUCUGGAGUCCUGCAACGAGGCGAGGUCGACUGGUUGUGGACUGCUCCUCCCUGUGGUACCUUCUCGGCUCUUCGCAACUUGGAUGCUGCAGGCCCCCUACGUCCUGCCGGUCUUCCAGAGGGAGAUGGAGAACGUCGUCAAGGUGGCUGUCGGCAAAGCAUUAUGGUGUAGAGCAUUGGAGUUAGCUCGGAUCGUCGUGCAGACUGGAGGACACUUUGUGGUUGAGCACUCACGUGGAUCGAAGGCAUGGUUGCUUCGCGAAACUGAGUUGUUCCUGAGAGCUGAGGGAGUGAAGAAGCAUAGGGUAGAUUGGUGUGCGUACCAUGAUGGCAGCGAUCUGCCAAAUAGCGAUCACAUUCAUGCACCGGCCUUGACGGGGAAGCGUGCUAAGGCUGCGGGUGAGAACUCCUCGCCCAGUUAUGUCGACCGCUUGUUGGAGAAGGCUGUGAGCUAUGCCUACGAGUCAGGGGAGAAGAGGUGUUGGGUGGUUUUGGGCGUGCUGGGUAUCCAACGUGGCGUGCGGAUGGCAGGUCCUUUGCUGAAGAGCACGUGGACUUUAUUGAGGGGAUGGAGACGCUUGGAGCCCAUCAAAACUCGGGUGCCCAUUCCAUAUCAUGUCCUUUGUGGAGUCCUCAUUUUCUGUCUUGCUAGAGGCUUUCACUUUCGGGGAGCCCUUCUAGCUGAGUGGUGGUCAACGAUGCUCGAAGCUUGGCUUGCUUUCAGUGCUUUACUACGCCCGGGAGAAGUGGGCUCGCUGCGGGUAGGAGACCUCCUGUUCCCUGUGAUGAUGAGGAAAAAGACCUUGUUCGGUGGCUCGCCUGGUGGUGCUUUGGCCAAGGCCGGUGACUUGUUAUCAGUCGCCUCGUGGUUCAGAGACGGCCAGCCUCUCUUCGUGGUCGAGGGGGCCUUCGCCGGAGACAUGGAGGCAGCCGCCUGCCCGACGGCCAACUCUCAGGCUCUCGCGUCAAGCUCCGUCGCGUCGGACAAGGGCGGAGGGACUGUCGGUGUGGGCCGCAGUUCCGAUCCGCCUCUAGUGGACACCGCCACGCCGGCCAACCGGCUGAUGGCCGCGGUGUCGCAAGCGGCAAAGGAGUUGGGGAACAAGCCAGUGGCUAACAACCUGUCGCCGGCCGCGCGGCCAGAUGCAUCCGCGCCGGACCACAAGGCAAACGGAAAGAAGAGGACAAACCUGAAACACUGGGGAGACUUCCCGCAUGCGCAAGAGCACUCGACGCAAAGUGCAAGUGAGGAGCGCAUGACGCAGCUGACCAAUGGUCCGCAAGUUCAGGAUGGCAAAGGCCUGCUAGGGUAUUGGAAGCGUGACAUUGACGAUGCCCAUGUUCUUCCUGAUAACAGGCCGCAGAAGAUCGAGGGAGACGUGAGUGCCCAGGUUCUGCCAAAGGCAGACUCUGUGAGCUCAAGUUGGAAUUCUGCCGGAACGUGGGAGGAGAAGGACAUGAGUACAGCCGCGCGCGCAGAGCUGGAGAAGAUUUUGGGGGACGAGAACUUUGUCCUCCUUGAGCGAGAUGAGAAAAUCAAGGUGCAGACGACGAAGGUAACCGUCACAGGUGAUUCCUCAGCGUACCACAUUCGUGGGAGGCCGCGUUUGGGCUUUGAGUUUACGGUGAGGCUUUCAUGGAAGGGCUCCUUUGAAGGAGAGGAGGUCAUGGGCGAUAUGGAUGUGCAGGACCUGGACUCCAGUGAUUUGGAUGGCUUUGAGAUCAGGCCGAAGCCAAAGACAGGCGAGGCUUCCAAACGGGCAGCGGCAGCUUUGAAAGAUGGCGCAAGGCCAGCCAUCAAGAAGGCAGCAGAACUAUUGAGUCAGCGGCUAUUGCAGAGGUGA